GCGCCGCGCUCGGCACAGCGUCGCUGGCCUUGGAGCUGAUCGACAAGGUUGCAAUAGUCUUCAAGUACUACCUUGCCGCGGCAAAUAUGCCAAAGGAAGCCGAAGCCCUACGCACGGCCCUCCUGAUGGAGUAUCAUAGAAUCCUCAACUUCGCCGACGUAGCAGGCUUGCUGGAAUUGGAGUAUCAGCAGGACCUCCCCACAGUUUUGAAGACCGACAAGCUGCUGUUGGUCGCCGUUCUGAGCCAGAUUCAAAACCUGAUGGAGGACUUUGCAGCCCUUAACGGCAGAUAUGAUCAGUUGAAGGACACCGAUACUCCUGAGCAGAAACAACAGUCCCUGGCCACAGACCUUGCCAAAGAUUUUGCCUCCAUUACUGUGAAGUACGAAAGGUCUGCAGAGAAACGUACUCACCUUCGUGGAACAAACCAUGUGCGUGCGAUGGUCACGAACACCAAAGGCAUCAUUAUGCAGCCUAAAAGGCUGUGGUGGGUGGCCUUCGACGCGGAUGUCUUUAAAGCAUUGUUGGGCAAGCUCGCAGGCUACAACGACUUCUUGGUCGGGAUUCUCCAGGAUCAGCAUGCGCAAAGAGUGGAAGAGACGACUCGUAACACUUUCAUUGAGAUGGUCCAGGUCCGCACGUCGGUCGACGAACUGAAAAGACUUGUGACGGCAGCCAUGGUGUUUGCAGAGCGAGAAACAGCUAAUCGCGGGAUCACUCGAGGAAGAGCCGAGAACGACAAGAUCCUCGGGUCGCUCGCCUCGUUCAAGCAGUCAGCAAUUCUCACAAGCACACCAGAUGCUCAGAGACCACCUCAGUACGAGGAGCUGGUCAGGUCAGCGCAAAAGAAUCGACGCCCCGUGUCAUACAAUGCGGCUCUCGAACAGCAGAAAGACGGAGGGCGCCAAGAUUUCAUAUCUCGCCGGGUCAAUGCGAAGUAUGCUUCGGCGGAAGGGUCAGAAACACUUGUUUGGAUCGAAUGGAAAGCUUACAAGACCGAGCUUGACAGAAGUCACCAGCCACAGCGAAUGGUGCCCUUGAAGAAAAACAUUCAGCGUGUCUCGGAGCUGGUCACUCUCCUCCAGAUGGAAAAACCCAAGGAGUUCCGCGUGCCACAAUGUCUGGGCUUUUUCGAUGAUAACGAUGAUCGCGACGAUGACGACGAAGAUGACGACAAUGACCACGAUCGCUUCGGACUGAUAUUUGAGAAGGCCGUACAGGACAAGGAGACCGACCCUCCGGUCAGUCUUUACGAUGCGAUCCAUACUCUGGAAUGUCCGCCUCUCAGGGAUCGCAUCGCCAUCGCCCGUGGACUUGCGUCAAGCAUCCUCUACCUCCAUGCGGUAGGGUGGUUACAUCGCGCGCUGCGAUCUGACAGCGUCAUCUUCUUCCGCGAGGGUAGUCCGUUCAAGAAGGCCUCGUUUAUAAAAUACCACGAACCGUACCUCUCAAACUUUGAAUACGCACGUCCAGAGCGCGACGGAGCGGCUACCACCGCGACGGACUCGCAACUGGCGUCGAAUUAUUUUGACUUGUACCGUCCUCCGUCGUAUCAGGGCCCGUUUGCGCAAGGCAACUAUCGCCGGUCUUUUGAUGUUUACAGCUUUGGCAUCCUCUUGUUGGAAAUCGCUGCUUGGCAGCCCAUCCAAGACCUGGUGGGCAUGCCCGGAUAUCAGAAGGCGAAUAGUGAUAACCUGGCGUCCAUCCCCGGGCGGGCGCUGUCGUCGGACCUCCUGAGUCGCAUUGAGCAAGGCAUGGGCAAGGGAUAUCGUACCGCAAUCGAGACCUGCAUCCGGGGCGAAGAAGCACUAGGCCUGGCUCCAGGCGAUAACGAGUCAAACGCCCUCGUCGCGGCAAAAAUGCAGAGGGCGUUCACGGACAAAGUCCUCAGUGCGUUUGAGGAUGUCAUUAUCUAG